GUGCUGGGGGAGGAUAAGCUCAUGGCCAUCCUGAAGGAGAGAGAGUUGAAGAUCUACUGGGGAACUGCCACCACGGGCAAACCCCAUGUGGCCUAUUUUGUGCCCAUGUCCAAGAUUGCAGAUUUCCUGAAGGCUGGCUGUGAGGUGACCAUCCUCUUUGCUGACCUCCACGCUUACCUGGACAACAUGAAAGCUCCCUGGGAGCUGCUGGAGCUGCGAACACGUUACUAUGAGAACGUGAUCAAAGCCAUGCUGGAGAGCAUUGGGGUGCCCUUGGAGAAGUUGAAGUUUGUCAGAGGCACUGACUACCAGCUCAGCAAGGAGUACACGCUGGACGUGUAUCGUCUUUCCUCCGUGGUGACACAGCAUGAUGCCAAGAAGGCAGGAGCUGAGGUGGUGAAGCAGGUGGAGCAUCCCUUGCUGAGUGGUUUGCUCUACCCAGGUUUGCAGGCACUUGAUGAGGAAUACCUCAAGGUGGAUGCACAGUUUGGAGGAGUUGAUCAGAGGAAGAUCUUCACCUUUGCAGAGAAGUACCUUCCUUCCCUGGGCUAUGCCAAGCGUGUCCAUUUGAUGAACCCGAUGGUUCCUGGGCUGACAGGCACCAAAAUGAGCUCAUCAGAAGAGGACUCAAAGAUUGAUCUUCUGGACCGCAAGGAGGAUGUGAAGAAGAAGCUGAAGAAGGCUUUCUGUGAGCCAGGGAAUGUGGAGAACAACGGUGUCCUCUCCUUCAUCAAGCAUGUCCUCUUCCCCCUCAAGUCAGAGUUUGUGAUCCUGCGAGAAGAAAAAUGGGGAGGAAACAAAACCUACACAGCCUAUGAGGCCCUGGAAAAGGACUUUGCUGAGCAGGUGGUGCAUCCUGGAGACUUGAAGAACUCUAUGGAAGUGGCCCUGAACAAACUGCUUGACCCUAUCAGAGAGAAGUUCAACACCCCAGAGCUGAAGAAACUGACCAAUGCUGCAUAUCCCAAUCCGUCCAAAGCCAAGCCAGGAGAGAAGGGCACCAAAAACUCAGAGCCAGAGGACGUGAUCCCAUCCCGGCUGGACAUCCGCGUGGGCAAAGUGAUCAGCGUGGAAAAGCACCCAGAUGCAGACAGCCUGUACGUGGAGAAGAUCGACGUGGGCGAGGCUGAGCCACGCACCGUGGUCAGUGGCCUGGUGCAGUUUGUCCCCAAGGAGCAGCUGCAGGACAGGCUGGUGGUGCUGCUCUGCAACCUCAAGCCCCAGAAGAUGAGGGGUGUGGAGUCACAGGGCAUGGUGCUGUGUGCCUCCAGCGUGGGGGAACCGCGUCAGGUGGAGCCCCUGGACCCACCAGCUGGGAGCUGUGCCGGGGAGCGCAUCUACGUGGAGGGCUACGAGGGUGGGGAGCCUGAUGAGGAGCUCAAACCCAAGAAAAAGGUCUUUGAGAAGCUGCAGGCUGAUUUCCGUGUCUCGGAGGAUUGUGUCGCGCAGUGGAAGGAGAGAAACUUCCUCACCAAGCUGGGGACAGUCUCCUGUAAAAGCCUGAAGGGUGGAAGCAUCAGCUAACCAGCGCCAGGGCUGCUGCUUGUGCCUCCUGCCUGGCCCUGUCCACCACCUGAACCAGGCUCCUCCCAGUCUCCCCCCCCAGUGCCCUGAGCUGGGGGCUCAGCCCUGCAGGACCUGGGGGCUCUGGGACUGAAUUUGCUGCCUC